AUGAAAUUUCCUUUGGAAUGGAGUCAAAAAGUCAGAGAAUUAAAUACGGAAACUUCAAAAACUUUGGUCUUGUUAGAUGCGGCAGCUUACGUUCCAACGUCUAAACUUUCUUUGGCAAAGAAAGACGCAUCACCAGACUUUGUCAUACUUAGUUUUUAUAAAAUAUUCGGAUUCCCAACUGGAUUGGGAGCCUUGAUCGUCAAGAAUGAAUUGGAACCAAUUUUAAAGAAGGGGUACUUUGGUGGUGGCACACUUAAGACAGUCAUUCAUAACGUACCAUGGCAAACAUUUCCCCACGAACUGGUUGUACGCUACGAAGAUGGCACAGUAAAUUUCCAAAACAUCAUCGCAUUAGAUUAUGCAUUUGAUUCGAUGGAAAGAUUGUUUAAAGGUUAUAAAAAUAUAUCAAAUCAUGUACAGUGCUUAAUAACAUAUCUUAGUAGAUCCAUGGCAUCUCUUCGUCAUUGGAAUGGAGAACCUGUUGUUUCGGUGAAUUCCGAUAGAGAUUUUUCGGAUAAUAAACAACAAGGUGGUGUGCUCAGUUUUAACAUAACGCGAUCAGAUGAUGAAGCGGUUGGGUAUCUACAAGUUGAAAGGUUGGCAAGUAUGAAUGGAAUUCACAUUAGAUCCGGUGGUCUUUGCAAUCCUGGUAGUAUAUCAAGAUGGAAUGAUAUCGAUGUUGAAGAAUCUAUUCAAAAUUUUGUGCACGGUAAAGUUUGUGGUGAUGAAAAUGACAUAUUCAAUGGGAAAACAUAUGGCGCGGUUCGUUUAUCCAUAGGCGCAAUGACGACUAUUGAUGAUAUUUUAAUAUGGUUGGACUUUUUUAGGAAGUACUAUGUUGAAAAGAAACCUUUAAGCAAAGGCAAGAAAUUUCUUAUAAAGUAG